GUCAAGUGUUAACCGGCUAAAUAACAACAAUUGCAGAAGCAUAUUUCAUAAUCCAUAUUAACAAAAUUUCUAAAUGUGAUACCAAAUAAAAUGAAAACGCUUACUAUACAGAUUAGUUUGCUAUUUGUAUAAAAUUUGGAAUACUCUUUAUGUGGUUUAACAUUUUCAGUGAAAUAAUAAAAAAAAAUAUUAACCAAUUAAUAGCUUGUUAUUGACAGAAGAUGAAACGAAAAUAGCUUCAGCAAAGCAUUGCUUAUGGAUGAGCUUAUGGAAUAAAAUUACUAAUAGAAAGCAUGACUAUAAUCAUUUUAAUAUAAUGUUUUUGACAACACAUUAUUUAGUAAAAUAAAUCAAAAUUUAGCUUAAUACAUAGGUUCCCAUAUUAUUUUGGAAUUUUUAUUUUAAAACUCAAAUUUUUAUUUUUGAUAAUCAACAUUUUGUUUUUUUAAAUUGCCAAGAGAUAUUCACUUUUUUGCCUCUUCUAUAAACUAAAUUCUCAAAAAUGGAAAACGAACUAUAUCUUAUAGAAAUGGAUGGAACAUAUUUUACAAGAGAUAAUAUUCAAGUACACACUAUUUACUUUGAAAACAUUCCAGAUAAAAAUAAUGUCAUCCAUGAAUUGGAAGAAUACUUUUCGAAAUAUGGUAAAUUAAGUAAAAUAGAAAUUGAAAAACGUUACAAAAAUUUUUCUAACGACUUGAGAAUAAGUGGAAUUGUUCAAUAUGAAACACCAGAAUCAGCUUAUAGGGCAUUAAAAGAAGAACAAAAUAAUAACUUUACUGUGUUACCGGCCGACAGCUGGAUCCAACCUACAUUUUUAACUAAAAAACCUGGAGUAGAUGAUGAAGCAGAAAAUUAUUGCAGUUUAGUAGAUUUGGGUGAAGACUUGUUAAUGCUUAUAUAUUCUGAAUUAACAUUUCGUGAUAUUAUUACAUUGUUUUCUAUAUUUCCUAAUCUAAGACCAAGCAUAAGGCGAUAUUAUAAACGAGUAAAAUCUAUUAAAUUGAAUUAUAAUGAAAUAAGUAACUUAACUUUGCUGGAAAUUCGCCAAUUUUUAAUUGAAAUAGCAGGUGUCAUCGAAGAUUUAGAGAUUUUAGAUUGGAAUUAUAAUGUUAAAAGUAUACGUUUAAUAAAUUUUGCCUUACAUUUUUGCAAUGUGAGAUCGCUUCAUAUUUCUUCAAUAUCAUUUAAAGAUAAGGAUUUCAGUGCUAGAAUCCGACAAAAAUUUACAAAAUUAGAGAAACUGAGGCUAGUUGAUUGUCGAAUAAGUGAUGAAGAUGUUCAAAAUUUGUGCGAGUUAAAUUUGACAACCCUUGAUUUAUCCGGAACAAAUAAUUCUUUCGUUGGCAAUUAUCUACAUAAAUUCGGCAAAUUGAAGGAAUUAAGUUUGGAAAAUUGCGAAGACCUGUCUCCAGACAACUUGGAAAAAAUGAAUUUUAAAAAUUUAGAAGUAUUAAAUAUCUGUGGAUGUGUUUUUGUUAACAAUACGUUUAAGGUUAUUGCUGAAAACGCUCAUAAUCUUAAAUCUUUAAAAAUAUCAAUUUCAAAAUUAGAAAACAAUCAGUUUGAAAAUUUUGUAGGGCAAAUCAAAAGCCUAGAAAAAUUAAUUAUUGUCAACUCUUCAAGAACUGGUUGUACAGGAUUUUAUAUUGAUAUAUCUAACAUGAAUAAUCGUAUAAAAAAACUAGCCGAAUCAGAAUUUUUGCAAAGAAAUCUACAUCUCUUGCAUUUAAUUGAUUUCAAAAUAAGCGAUGACUCAUUCGAACAUCUUGCAAAAUUGAAAAAUUUAUGUGAAAUAAUGAUUUGUUUUUCACAUGAAGAAAAUGUCUCUCAAGAAUUUUGGAAACUUUUGUGUUCUUUAAAAAAACUGAAAGUAUUAGCAAUGAAAAUGGAUGGAUUUAAAUCUUUUGAAUCUAGCUUUAUGAUUAAACUGAUUGAAUACAUAAGUAAGAAUAGGAAUCGGGGAUUUACUCUAAUAGCAGAAAUAAGCAAAUCAGUUUAUCGGGAUAUCUUAAAGAGUUCAGUUUACCUUCAAUAUAAGGAUAUUAUAAAACUUGUGCCUUUCUAUUUUACGCAACCAUAUUCGCAUCAUGCUCUAAGUGAAAAUUGAAAGAAUUUUAUUAUAUUUAAUUCCAUGUGUAAUUGGGGAUCAUGCUAAUAAGCUAAAAUUUUUAUGAUUUCGAUCUUAUCGCAUUUUAUAGUUGCAUUUAUUUAUGAUGUGUUGUAUUUAUUAGUACAUAACUAUAUAUUUUUAACUAUUUAAUAAAAAAAGAAAAGAUAAACAAGUGUAGCAAUCAAUAUCACAAGCGACUUUAUUGUAAAUUAUUUUAUUUUCAAAGAAAAUUAAGUACAUACAUAAAUAUAAGUUUUUAAAAAGUACAAUUUGGACUAGAACUUGCUUUAAUUAUUAAAAAUUUAAACAUAUUUUUAUUUGCACAUAAAUAAAUGUAAAAGCUAUACAUUCAA